ACCCAGAGCUAUCCUCAGAUUUUUUGGGCCUCUCGCUAAUAAUUCCGUUCAUUCGUUGUCGGGUCAGGUGACUUGGUGCUCGAGCAGCCUCGGUAUCGUUCUCCAUUAAACAAACACAGUCAGCGGCACUGCCACGGAGACGAGCUCUGAAUACAUACUGACGGAACAUAGAAUAAUACACCGUACAUAGGACGCGUUGUGACAAUAAUACGGCAUGGGGGACCGUAUGGCUUUGAUGCUGCUGGUUGUUGCGACCACGGCGUUAGCAGUUGAGGUGCCGACAGAUGGUGGGAUGGGCCUGCUGGCGGAGCCCCAGGUGGCCAUGUUCUGUGGGAAGCUCAACAUGCAUGUGGAUGUCCAGAGCGGCAAAUGGGAGUCUGACCCCUCCGGCACCAAGAGCUGUAUCGGCACCAAGGAGGGCAUCCUGCAGUACUGUCAGGAGGUAUACCCUGAGCUGCAGAUCACCAACGUGGUGGAGGCCAACCAGCCAGUCAGCGUCCAGAACUGGUGCAAGAAGGGCCGCAAGCAGUGCCGCAGUCACCUGCACAUCGUGGUGCCCUACCGAUGCCUAGUGGGGGAGUUUGUCAGUGAUGCCCUGCUGGUUCCUGAUAAGUGCAAGUUCCUGCACCAGGAGCGCAUGGACAUGUGUGAGAGCCACCUGCACUGGCACACUGUGGCCAAAGAGUCCUGUGGAGACCGCACUUUGAAUCUCCACGACUACGGGAUGCUGUUGCCGUGCGGCAUCGACCGUUUCCGGGGGGUGGAGUUUGUGUGCUGUCCGUCAGACAGGGAGACCGACAGCACUGAGCAGGACGAGGACGACUCGGAUGUGUGGUGGGGAGGAGCCGAGACUGACUACACUGACAACAGUAUGGCAAGGGGGGCAGCAGAGCCAGCUAGAUUCACACCCCAGCAGCAACAGGAGGAGGAGGAGACAGCCCCUGCCAUGGUAGAGGAAGAUGAUGAGGAAGAGGAGGAAGGCCAGGAGGUGCUGGACAACGACCAGGAUGGAGACGGGGACGAGGACGAUGAGGAGGAGGAGGAUGAUGACGAUGACGUCAUUGACGAGCGCGAUGAUAGCGAGCCCACCACCAACAUCGCCAUGACUACCACCACCACUACUACUACCACCGAGUCUGUGGAGGAAGUGGUCAGAGAGGUAUGUUGGGCGAAUGCGGAGACGGGCCCAUGCCGUGCCAUGCUUGCACGCUGGUACUUUGACCGUGAGGAGGGCCGCUGUGCCCAGUUCAUCUAUGGCGGCUGUGGGGGCAACCGCAAUAACUUUGAGUCGGAGGAGUACUGCCUGUCUGUAUGCAGCAACGUCAUGCCCACCGCUGCCCCCAGCCCUCCCGACGCCGUGGACCGUUAUCUGGAGACGCCCGGGGAUGACAACGAACACGGCCACUUUGCCAAGGCCAAGGAGAGUCUGGAGGCCAAACACCGCGAGAGGAUGUCCCAGGUGAUGAGGGAGUGGGAGGAGGCAGAGAGGGAGGCCAAGAGUCUACCUCGUGCUGAUAAGAAGGCUGUCAUCCAGCGUUUCCAGGAGAAGGUGGAGGCCCUGGAGCAGGAGGCAGCCAGUGAGAGGCAGCAGCUGGUUGAGACUCACAUGGCCCGGGUUGAGGCCCUGCUCAAUGACCGCCGUCGCCUGGCCCUGGAGAGCUACCUGACCUCCCUGCAGGCCCAACCACCCAGGCCUCGUCAUGUGUUCAGCCUAUUGAAGAAGUACGUCCGUGCAGAGCAGAAGGACAGACAGCACACCCUUAAACACUUUGAGCACGUCCGCAUGGUCGACCCCAAGAAGGCCGCACAGAUCCGACCCCAGGUACUGACCCACCUGCGUGUGAUUGAUGAGAGGAUGAACCAGUCCCUGGGUCUGCUCUACAAGGUGCCCGGAGUGGCCGACGAUAUCCAGGACCAAGUUGAGUUGCUGCAGAAGGAGCAGGCAGAUAUGGCCCAGCAGCUGUCCAACCUGCAGAGUGAUGUGCGGGUGAGCUACGGAAAUGAUGCCCUGAUGCCUGACAGUCUGCCUGACAGCACCAGGGCCUCCCUGGACCUGCUGCCCCAGGAAGAAGACCUGGGCAUGGGCCUGGACGGACUGGGCUUUAUCCACCCCGAGAGCUUCAACCAGGUCAACACAGGUAACCAGGUUGAGCCUGUGGAUGCCCGCCCUAUUCCUGAUAGAGAUUUUCCAACACGACCAGUGUCUGGUCUGAAGCCAGAGGAGAUCCCUGAGCUCAGGAUGGAGGCAGAGGAGAGACACGGCACCGGAUUUGAAGUGCACCACCAGAAACUGGUGUUCUUCGCCGAGGAUGUCGGCUCUAACAAGGGCGCCAUCAUCGGGCUGAUGGUGGGAGGCGUCGUCAUAGCGACCGUCAUCGUCAUCACCCUGGUGAUGCUGAGGAAGAAACAGUACACGUCCAUCCACCACGGAGUCAUCGAGGUGGAUGCAGCAGUCACCCCCGAGGAGCGCCACCUGUCCAAAAUGCAGCAGAACGGCUACGAGAACCCCACCUACAAGUUUUUCGAGCAGAUGCAGAACUGAGGAAUGACAAACCCCUUCACCCCUAUGACCACUACCCAACCCCUCUAACCCUCCACACCCAUAUGCCCUUAACACUAUCCCCACUCCAAACCAACCCUAUCCUACCCUCAAGCAGUGCAGGUUGGAACCAGGCACCACUAUCACUCCUGGUGUAGAUGGAGACUGUCCCCUUCAACACUGGUCCAGAGUCAGUUUUUAGUUUGAUUUGGAAUGAGUUGAGGAAUGGAUUUGGAUAGGGAGAUCUGACUCCAGACCAGUGUUAUUUAAGGGGGCAUUCUCUGGCUGUAGUGCCAACCACACUGUCCCCAACCCUACACUACUGCAUUCUCUAUACACUGGGGAAUAGGUGAGGUCUAUGGGUCAAUGAAGCCUCCUCUCCUCCUAUCCUUCCUCCCUCUUUCCUUCUCUGUGCAUUCUUAUGACAGCUGUGCUGUGUUAGGUCACACAAGGCUAAAAUGAUGAUAAUGAUGAUGUACUCUGAAUGAGCUCUUUAUUUUAGUUAUUCUAUCGUUUUCGGUUUUGUUUUUCAAAAAAGAAAUUAAAAUUAGAAAAAAAAUCAUAUGUAAAGAGAAAAACGUCUUUUUUUAAAUUGCGUGUAAUGUAACAAAGUAGCUGUUCCUAUUUAGUGCAUGAUGACAAAAAUUACGACGGGGUUAUUAUUGAAAGUAAUAAAAUAUCUUUCUGCGUCUCCAGAGAGAUGCUCACAUAGAGAUUAUCAUUCUAGCAGGAUUGUACAUUUAGUAUCUUUCUCGUGAUUACGUGACUUAAAUUACAUUGGAUAAAAAAUAUAUAUGAAUCUCGGUGAAUGGUCUCUCUGUUUGGAUAUCAUGUUAAAUACACUGUAAGAGAGAUCUGUGCUUUUUGGAUUUAAGUUUCUUCCUUUUUUAUUUCAACCAUGCUAUGUUCCUAAAACUGCGGGGGGCUGGCUUGAUCCGUAUUUGUAUAUUAUAUUAUUAUUUGAAUUAUGAUUAUCUUUAGUUUAUUGCUUUGCAGACGUUAUGAAUCAGCCCUAUUUAAUUUUUGAUUUCUUUCUUUGAUUCCAUGUUGUCGUGCGUUUUUUUUUUUUGAAGAUGGGGGUGUGGCGGGAAGGCCGGUUCCAGCCGGGGGAAGGGGAGAAUGGAGGGACGGGGGUGGAUGACUCUGUGUUCUCCAGUCUAGUUAGAAUUCUUGUUCCGGUUCUAUGUUUCCGCAGAAAUAAACAACGUUCUUCUCCUCUGUACAUUGUUUGUGAUAUAUAACAACAAUCAAAUACCAUUUUGGGCUUACUUACUCUUCCCAAUCUGUUCCUUUCUUGCUUCGGCUCAUCCUUCUCUCUCUCUCUGCUGAGACUAGAAACAGAGCAGGAUCAGUGCCUGGGGGGUGUGCAUGUGGAAGAUUGAGAGAAGGAAGGAAGGAUUGAGGUAGAGGGAAUUACUAGCUGUUCCAGAUGGAUAGUCAGACAGGCAGUCUGUAAAAUGAAUCUCCAACCACCCUCCUCCCCUCUUUCCCCCUACUUCAGGCAUGUGACUCACCUCUCUCAAGCACUUGUCUAGAGCCAGCCAUACGAUGACCUCUACCAUGGCCUAGAAGGCAACUUUCAGGGGGUAAGCAGGGCCAUCAGUAAUUGGAUGGACUACAGUUUCGGUGAGAAGUAGUGCAAAAUAUAGACCUGGGAUAGGGUGCCAUUUUGCGACACAGUACUAGAGGUAAGGCAGUGUUGUGUGUGUAGAGCUGUGUGCAUCACACACUGCUGCAGGUGAGUCAGUCCUUUGCUUGGGUUUUCAGAGGAUGCAUUACCUCACUAUAGCCAGAAUAAGGCAGUAUAGAGUUAGAGAGAGCAGGGUUUCUUUCUUUAUUUCUCUGUGGCUUUAUUUCCACUGUGUGUAAUUGUGCAAGCCAUUUGCUUUGACUGGAAAAACGCUUUCUACACUGUAUUCCAUAAAUAAAGUUUUGAACGUACAUACA